CUCAUUCUCAUAAAAGUACUCUUAUUGCAACUCUUACCCAUCAACCAUCUAAAACAAUGGCUUCCUCAAUCUUGUUCAAACAUGCUUUGUUUUUCAUUCUAUCUGUCCUUGCCACUUCCUAUAUUGCCCAAGCCAGUGACCCCAAUAUCUUAGCUGACUUCAUAGUCCCUACAAAUUUUAGCACCCCUAUUGAUGGAAACUUCUUCACCUUCACUGGAAUGCGUAGACUCGUCGCUAACUCAACAAACCCACCAAACUUCAAGGCCACAAAAGCAACCAUGGUUGAGUUCCUAGCUCUGAACGGCCAAAGUGUGUCGAUGGCGGUUCUGCAGUUCCCUGCUGGCGGCGUUAAUCCACCACACACACACCCACGCUCGGCGGAGCUUCUUUUCGUAGUGGAAGGUAGUAUGGAAGUUGGUUUCGUUGACACUGCCAACAAACUCUACACUCAAACACUUCAGCUUGGAGAUAUGUUUGUGUUUCCAAAGGGAUUGGUACACUACCAAUUCAAUGCCGAUGCCAAGAAACAAGCCACUGCUAUCUCUGCUUUUGGCAGUGCAAAUGCAGGAACUGUGUCUGCUCCGGUAACUUUGUUUGCUACCGGGAUUGAUGAUGAGAUUCUUGCCAAGUCUUUUAAAACUGAUAUUGCUACCAUUCAAAAGAUCAAGGCUAGCCUUGCCACUAAGCCCUAAGUUAGAGGCAUAAAAAUGGCUCAUAGUUAGAACUAUUUACCUACCUUCGCAACUAUUUUAUUUAUUUAUUUACAAUUUAUCAAUUCUCUUUUUAUUUAUUUUUCUAAAUUUUCAGAUCUAUUUUGAGCAAGCAAUAAUGUACUUGUUCAGUCUAAUUUGAUUUGUAAUUGUUGAAAUAAUGCA